AUGGCUGUCCUUGAUUAUACCAAGGAAGACCCUCUUUCGGCUUCGAAAGAAGUCAGUCUUGCAACACCCCACGAAGUCCCAGUCGAUCCAAACAUACCACCAGACUCAACCAAAUGGAAACUUGGCUCGGUCCUGCUCAUCUGUCUCAUUAGCUUCGGGGCUUCUUGGUCUGCCAGGCUGACCUCGUCGUUAAAGAGUACAGUUAAAAAAGAGCUGGAUAUUAACAAUACGCAGUUUGCAUUGUUAGAGGCUAGUGAAGAGCUCCUGGUCACUCUCUUAACUAUGCUCUCUGGCGUUGUGACAGACAGGAUUGGUGGCGCUGGAGCUAUGCUCUAUGGAAACCUGAUCAUGACUGCUGGAGCAUUUGUUAUCGCAGGCGCAGCGACUUGCAAGUCCUAUCCACUGAUGAUCGUUGGGAAAAUCGUCGCAGCACUAGGUGACAUUGCCACGCAAAUUGCUUAUUACAGAGUGUUUUCAGCAUGGUUUCCACCUGGUGGAGGAUUUGGGACUACGAUUGGUCUUCAAAUUGGUAUAGCUAGAAUUGGCGGCUUUGUUGGAAGCUCCACGGCCAAUGUCAUCUCCAAGAACCUCGGGAACUUUGCCUGGGUCUUUUGGAUCGGAGCAUGCGUCUCCGUCUUCACAAACGUGUGCACGCUUGUCUUUUUCUUCUUCACCAAGCUUGCCCAUAAGCGCUUCCGGGCACCACCUGAUCCUGCCACAGGCGAGCUUCUUGUCGAGAACAAUCGAAAGUUCGAGUUCCGCAAGAUCCUCGAAUUGCCUUGGGUGUUUUGGACCAUCAUGCUUUUCUCUAUGGUGCAGACAAGCUGUUCCAAUGUAUACUCUCAGAACGCGACUGAGCUUGCUGAGCACCGUUUCGGAGUUGAUGCCGUCGCUGCUGGUUGGUACGCAUCGUUGUCUCAGUACGCUGGCUUUUUCCUUAGUCCUUUUAUCGGUGCUGCGAUCGAUGUAUACGGCCACCGUGUGACGCAGAUGCUUAUCUGUGGCACUGGAAUGUUGUUGUCAAUGGGACUUAUCAACUGGGGCACGACAACUGGCAGUGCUGCAGCUUCCUACGCAGUCUACGCCGUUUUCAAGACCUUUGGUCCGGUGACCAUCAUUGAGGGAAUUCGGACCAGUAUGUGGCAUCAAGAUGUCUUUGGCACUGCCUACGCUGCCAAGGUGACAAUGAAUAACGCAACCAACAUCAUCAUUCGUAUUAUUACUGGCGUCAUUCAAGAUGCUGAUGACAAUUCAUAUGACCGUGUCACAAUCGUCUACGUGUUUCUGGCCACCGCCUCUACCGUUGUAUCUUUGGCUAUGUUGAUUGGGUGCUGGUGGGCCACCGACCUCCGAAUCUUGCAAUUCACGCGAAAGCAAAGAAUUCGGUUCGGAGAUAUGAUCAACGGGAGAAAGGAACGAUCUGGUGGACCCAAGGGCGAGAGGGGUAGAUUGAUCAGCAAGGCUUGUUUCCUGAUGUUGUUGGUAUAUGUGCUGGGCAGCUGGGCAGCCUGGAUCUGGGGCGCUGUCACGGGUAAUAACUGA